AUGCUAUCUUCUCUUUCUCACUUUUCUCUCUUUCUCUUCUCUCUUUUUCUUUUUCACUCUAUGUUUGUGCCGCUUCUAUUUCUUUUUCUCUUCUCUACUCUCCAUCUUUUUACCUCCACUCUCUCCUUCCUGAUAUCUCCUUAUACCCCUAUUCUAUUCAUCUAUCUAUCUAUCUAUCUAUCUAUCUAUCUAUCGAUCUAUCUAUCUAAGUCUGUCCUUUAUCUAUCUAUCUAUCUAUCUAUCUAUCUAUCUAUCUUAACACUCUCAUUUUCUGCUCUUUCCUCCCUCGUCUUCCCUCUGUCCUCUUUAUUUGUUAUCUUUCUUUCUUUCUUCUUUUCCAUACUCUUUCUUUCUUUCUUUCUUUCUUUUCAUUCUCUUUCCUUUUUUCCCUGCGUUUCUUUCUUUGUUUUCCAUUCUAUUUCCUUCUUUUUUCCUUACUUCUGUUUCUUUCAUUUUUCUUUCUUUCUUUCUUUGUUUUCCAUUUUCUUUCCUUCUUUUUUCCUUACUUCUCUUUUUUCCAUUUUUCUUUUUUUUUUCCAUCCUAUUUCCUUCUUUUUUUCCUUACUUCUAUUUUUUCAUUUUUCUUUCUUUCUUUCUUUGUUUUCCAUUGUCUUUCCUUCUUUUUUCCUUAUCUUUCUUUCAUUUUUCUUUCUUUCUUUCUUUUUUCUUUCUUUCUUUCUUUGUUUUCCAUUCUCUUUCCUUCUUUUUUCCUUAUCUUUCUUUCAUUUUUCUUUCUUUCUUUCUUUCUUUCUUUCUUUCUUUGUUUUCCAUUCUCUUUCCUUCUUUUUCCCUUACUUCUCUUUCUUUCAUUUUUCUUUCUUUCUUUCUUUCUUUCUUUCUUUCUUUCUUUUCCAUUCUCUUUCCUUCUUUUUUCCUUACUUCUCUUUCUUUCAUUUUUCUCUCUUUCUUUCUUUCUUUCUUUCUUUCGUUCUUUUCCAUUCUCUUUCCUUCUUUUUUCCUUACUUCUCUUUCUUUCAUUUUUCUUUCUUUCUUUCUUUCUUUCUUUCUUUCUUUUCCAUUCUCUUUCCUUCUUUUUUCCUUAAUUCUCUUUCUUUCAUUUUUCUUUUUUUCUUACUUCUCUUUCUUUCAUUUUUCUUUCUUUGUUUUCCAUUUUAUUUCAUUCUAUUUCCUUACUUCUCUUUCUUUUAUUUUUCUUUCUUUCCUUCCUUCUUUCUUUCUUUCUUUCUUUUCCAUUCUCUUUCCUUCUUUUUACCAUACUUCUCUUUCCUUCUUUCUUUAUCGGCAGACAGAUCGGACGCCGUACGUGGCCGCACACAAUUCGCCAUUUGCUCCCUGAUUCUUUCUCAUGUUUCGCUCUCCGAGGAUGUCGACUCGACUCUUCCGAUAUUUUUCCCGUUCUCUAUUUCCCUUAAUCUGUCUCCUUUUUUCUUUCUCUCAGUCUUCCCUCUCUCUUCUUUCUUUCUUUCUUUCUUUCUUUCUUUUCUUUCUUUUACUUUAUCUCUCCUUCAUUGCUUCUCUCUUUUUCUUUCUCUAACUUCUCAGUCUUUCAAUUUUCCCUCUUUUUCUUUUAUGCUCCUUCUGAACCGUCUUCCUGUUUCUUUCUCCCACGACACCAUUAACUAA